AGCUUGGGUUGCUGCGUUAAGGAAAGAUGUCAGGCUUUCUUAAUUUGCCACUGCUGGGGCAAGGGUGUUAUCUAUGUGGGUUUGUGUGAGGGCUGCAUUCCUAGUGAAAUAUUCCAUCAAACUGCCAUUAUUCAUCUUGAUGAAAGCUUGAGGAACUUUAGAAGGAGAGAAACAUCCAGACCACCCGGUUUUUGGUUUCUAAAUGGUAUGAAGAGAGUACAAUGUUAAUAAUUCAGCUUAGAGAACUAUCAACACAGGACAAUGCAAGCCCACGAGUUGUUCCGGUAUUUUCGAAUGCCAGAGCUGGUUGACUUGCGACAGUACGUGCGUACUCUUCCGACCAACACGCUUAUGGGCUUCGGAGCUUUUGCAGCACUCACCACUUUCUGGUACGCCACGAGACCCAAACCCCUGAAGCCACCAUGUGACCUCUCCAUGCAGUCAGUGGAAGUGGCGGGUAGUGGUGGUGCACGAAGAUCCGCACUGCUUGACAGCGACGAGCCCUUGGUGUAUUUCUAUGAUGAUGUCACAACGUUAUACGAAGGUUUCCAGAGGGGAAUACAGGUGUCAAAUAAUGGCCCUUGUUUAGGCUCUCGGAAACCAGACCAACCCUAUGAAUGGCUUUCAUAUAAACAGGUUGCAGAAUUGUCGGAGUGCAUAGGCUCAGCACUGAUCCAGAAGGGCUUCAAGACCGCCCCAGAUCAGUUCAUUGGCAUCUUUGCUCAAAAUAGACCUGAGUGGGUGAUUAUUGAACAAGGAUGCUUUGCUUAUUCGAUGGUGAUCGUUCCACUUUACGAUACCCUUGGAAAUGAAGCCAUCACAUACAUAGUCAACAAAGCUGAACUCUCUCUGGUUUUUGUUGACAAGCCAGAGAAGGCCAAACUCUUAUUAGAGGGUGUAGAAAAUAAGUUAAUACCAGGCCUUAAAAUCAUAGUUCUCAUGGAUGCCUACGGCAGUGAACUGGUGGAACGAGGCCAGAAGUGUGGGGUGGAAAUCAUCAGCAUGAAGGCGAUGGAGGACCUGGGAAGAGCCAACAGACGGAAGCCCAAGCCUCCAGCACCUGAAGAUCUUGCAGUAAUUUGUUUCACAAGUGGAACUACAGGCAACCCCAAAGGAGCAAUGAUCACUCAUCGAAACAUAGUGAGCGAUUGUUCAGCUUUUGUGAAAGCAACAGAGAAUACAGUCAAUCCUUGCCCAGAUGAUACUUUGAUAUCUUUCUUGCCUCUCGCCCAUAUGUUUGAGAGAGUUGUAGAGAAAGCACUUCCCUUGAAUGCCAGUGACACACACAUUUCAUUUUUACCACUUGCACACAUGUAUGAACAGCUCUUGGAGUGUGUAAUGCUGUGUCAUGGAGCUAAAAUCGGAUUUUUCCAAGGAGAUAUCAGGCUGCUCAUGGAUGACCUCAAGGUGCUUCAGCCCACUAUCUUCCCCGUGGUUCCAAGACUGCUGAACCGGAUGUUUGACCGAAUUUUCGGACAAGCAAACACCACACUGAAGCGAUGGCUCUUGGACUUUGCCUCCAAGAGGAAAGAAGCAGAGCUUCGCAGCGGCAUCAUCAGAAACAACAGCCUGUGGGACCGGCUGAUCUUCCACAAAGUACAGUCGAGCCUGGGCGGAAGAGUCCGGCUGAUGGUGACAGGAGCCGCCCCGGUGUCUGCCACAGUGCUGACGUUCCUCAGAGCAGCCCUGGGCUGUCAGUUUUAUGAAGGCUACGGACAGACCGAGUGCACUGCUGGGUGCUGCCUGACCAUGCCUGGAGACUGGACCGCAGGCCAUGUUGGGGCCCCGAUGCCGUGCAGUUUGAUAAAACUUGUUGAUGUAGAAGAAAUGAAUUACAUGGCUGCUGAGGGCGAGGGCGAGGUGUGUGUGAAAGGGCCAAAUGUAUUUCAGGGCUACUUGAAGGACCCAGUGAAAACAGCAGAAGCUUUGGACAAAGACGGCUGGUUACACACAGGGGACAUUGGAAAAUGGUUACCAAAUGGCACGUUGAAGAUUAUUGACCGGAAAAAGCACAUAUUUAAGCUGGCACAAGGAGAAUACAUAGCCCCUGAAAAGAUUGAAAAUAUCUACGUGCGAAGUGAGCCUGUUGCUCAGGUGUUUGUCCACGGAGAAAGCCUGCAGGCAUUUCUCAUUGCAAUUGUGGUACCAGAUGUUGAGACAUUAUGUUCCUGGGCCCGAAAGAGAGGAUUUGAAGGGUCCUUUGAGGAACUGUGCAGAAAUAAGGAUGUCAAAAAAGCUAUCCUCGAAGACAUGGUGAGACUUGGGAAGGAUUCUGGUCUGAAACCAUUUGAACAGGUCAAAGGCAUCACACUGCACCCUGAAUUAUUUUCUAUCGACAAUGGCCUUCUGACUCCAACAAUGAAGGCAAAAAGGCCGGAGCUGCGGAACUAUUUCAGGUCGCAGAUAGAUGAACUCUAUUCCACUAUCAAGGUUUAGUGUGAAGAAGAAAGCUCAGAGGAAAUGGCACAGUUCCACAAUCUCUCCUCCUGCUGAUGGCCUUCAUGUUGUUAAUUUUGAAUACAGCAAGUGUAGGGAAGGAAGCGUUCGUGUUUGACUUGUCCAUUCGGGGUUCUUCUCAUAGGAAUGUUAGAGGAAACAGAACACUGCCUUACAGUCACCUCGUGUUGCAGACCAUGUUUAUGGUAAUACACACUUUCCAAAAUGAGCCUUAAAAAUUGUAAAGGGGAUACUACAAAUGUGCUAAGUUAUUUGAGACUUCCUCAGUUUAAAAAGUGGGUUUCAAAUCUUCUGUCUCCCUGUUUUUCUAAUCAAGGGAUUAGGACUUUGCUAUCUCUGAGAUGUCUGCUACUUGCUGCAAAUUCUGCAGCUGUCUGCUGCUCUGAAGAGUACAGUGCACUAGAGGGAAGUGUUCCCUUUAAAAAUAAGAACAACUGUCCUGGCUGGAGAAUCUCACAAGCAGACCAGAGAUCUUUUUAAAUCCCUGCUACUGUCCCUUCUCACAGGCAUUCACAGAACCCUUCUGAUUUGUAAGGGUUACGAAACUCAUGUUCUUCUCCAGUCCCCUGUGGUUUCUGUUGGAGCAUAAGGUUUCCAGGAAGUGGGAGGGCAGAUCCAACUCAGAACCAUGCAGAUAAGGAGGCUCCGGCAAAUGGGUGCUCAUCAGAACACGUGGAUUCUCUUUCAUGGCAGAAUGCUCUUGGACUCGGUUCUCCAGGCCUGAUUCCCCUACUCCAUCCUUUUUCAGGGGUUAUUUAAAAAUCUGCCUUAGAUUCUAUAGUGAAGACAAGCAUUUCAAGAAAGAGUUACCUGGAUCAGCCAUGCUCAGCUGUGACGCCUGAAUAACUGUCUACUUUAUCUUCACUGAACCACUCACCCUGUGUAAAGGCCAACAGAUUUUUAAUGUGGUUUUCAUAUCAGAAGAUCAUGUUGAGAUUAACUUGCCUUUUUCCCCAAAAAAUAAACUCUCAGGCAAGCAUUUGUUUAAAGAUAUUAAGGGAGUAAAUAUACUUGAGUACUUAUUGAAAUGGACAGUAAUAAGCAAAUGUUCUUAUAAUGCUACCUGAUUUCUAUGAAAUGUGUUUGACAGGCCAAAAUUCUAGGAUGUAGAAAUCUGGAAAGUUCAUUUCCUGGGAUUCACUUCUCCAGGGAUUUUUUAAAGUGAAUUUGGGAAAUUAACAGCAGUUCACUUUAUUGUGAGUCUUUGCCACAUUUGACUGAAUUGAGCUGUCAUUUGUACAUUUAAAGCAGCUGUUUUGGGAUAUGUGAGAGUACGUGUAUUAUAUACAAGCACAACAGGGCUUGCACUAAAGAAUUGUCAUUGUAAUAACACUAUUUGGUAGCCUAACUUCAUAUAUGUAUUCUUAAUUGCACAAAAAGUCAAUAAUUUGUCACCCUGGGGUUUUGAAUGUUUGCUUUAAGUGUUGGCUAUUUCUAUGUUUUAUAAACCAAAACAAAAUUUCCAAAAACAAAGAAGGAAACCAAAAUAAAUAUUUCUGCAUUUCAGGUGA